UUUAUUUUGGUUUGUCCCAAUAAAUGUUUAUUUUAUGCAGCGGUAAUAAGGUGCUACUGGAGAAUGGAAUCAUAAUGAUGCUCUCUAAUCAUAAUUGAACUAUUUUAGUAGUUUCCAAGCAUGCAUUUCAAGCUCUAAGUGAUAAGUUCUUAUAUUUAGAGGUGAAGUACAGCCGCAAGACUUAACUCUCAAGAAGUGAACACUUCAAACUGUUUAAGCUAGUUUAGUGAGGCAACCACAAAGAUGUCUUCUCUGCGCUUAACUCAAAAACAGCGCGACCAUUUGAGCCUGCUCCAAAGGCCCGCCAGCGCUGUGGUGGAGCUGUGCAAGUCGGCCUUUGAUUACCUAAUAAAUGGACCCAACCCCGGCCGUUACGAGAUGCUGGCCAAAAAGUCCGCGGAUUUGGGAAGUCCUGAGGCAGUGCAGCAAGCGGUGGAGGCGCUGAUAUCCCUGCUCAUCAGCGUGACCACCCGAGUGGGCAGCAGUUCCGUCGACAUGGAGGCCGUGCUGCGCCAGACAUUCCCCGAACUCGGCGACGAUGUGAUAGAAGUUCUCGAGCAGUUUGUCACCAGCAAACGAAACUUUGUGGAGGGCUCAAUCAAGUCGGCCAACAUACGUGCCUAUCGGCUGGUCAACCUGGACUGGCGACUGGAGGUGCGCACUGCGUCGCGGAGCCUGCUGGAUCAGUGUCAGGUGGUGGUGACCAUGAAGCUAUACCUGCACACCGAACCGAAGAAUGAAAACCGAGAGCUGCUGGCGGUGGACGUCUCCGGGCGCAGCGAACAGGAGCUGCAGGCCAUGCAGGAGGACGAGCGGCUGCAUCGAAAGGAUUUGCUGGUGCAGACGGAUGUCGGCAGUCUGGUGCACAUGGUCAAAACGCUGGAGGACGCAUUGGCGGAGUCCAAGACACGGCGCAUUCGCAAUAUUGUCGACGGCAUACACUGAUACGACUCCAGAACUCAUACACUUGUUAAAGCUAAUUUAAUCAGGACCAAUUUAUUACAACUAAAGUUAACUAGA